CAAACGAAGUUCACUUUCAAUGAAUCCAAUGGAAGCGGAUGGGUGCCACAGUGAAGACGUUCUCUGUGUCUGAUGUGUGUGUGUUUGUGUGCAGGAUGAGCAUGAGGGAUCUUCAGAAAGUUCUCACUCAGGUCCUGUUGCUGGUUCUCCUCCUGGGAUCUCCAGCACAAUCCAGGAAACAUCAGGUAGUGCGUGACGUGCGGACGGGAACGUGUGAGGUGGUGGCGUUACACCGAUGCUGCAAUAAGAACAAGAUCGAGGAGCGUUCGCAGACCGUCAAGUGCUCGUGUUUCCCGGGACAAGUGGCAGGAACCACCAGAGCAGCUCCGUCCUGCGUAGACGCCUCUAUAGUCCAGCAGAAGUGGUGGUGUCAGAUGCAUCCGUGUCUGGAUGGAGAGGACUGUAAAGUGCUGCCGGAUCUCAAAGGAUGGAGCUGCGCUACAGGGAAUAAGAUCAAGACCACAAAGAUCUCCUCAGACCGGGAUCAGCUCUGGUGACCGCUGGAAACCUGAUCCAGAGACGUUCAUCCCAGGAUCUGCAGUGAGACUCACAGCGCUGCUUUGUGACGUUCAUUAAUCAGCGGCUCAGACCUUCUCAUUAUUAACCAUGAUCGAGCUGACGGAUCAGGAUCCGGACCGAUGAAGGUCACGGAGCUCCGCCAAAACAUGAACUUCAUCCGUAUCCAGAUGGAUGACGGGGGAAAAAACAGAUGAACAGUUUGUUCCCGCAUUUCUUGAAGCUCUAAUCUGAAUGUUCAUAUAUCCUCAUAUUGAAUGACAUCAUAUCAAAGAAGACUCCAGCAGGAUUUUUCUGCACUGCAGAUGCUUUGUCUGUGUGUA